AUGAAGGCCAUAUUGGUAACUAAGUCGGCCGGUCCAGAUGAAUUUCAAAUACAAGAAGUGCCCAUCCCAGACCUUAAAGGUGAUGAAGUCUUAAUAAAGGUCAAAGCUACUGCGGUCAAUGGAUCUGACUUAAUUGAGAGAAAAAGGUUUUCAGCUGAGAAAGUGGCACAGCCAGAAUUGCAAGUUUUUCCUCUACCAAGUACCACUACCUUGGAAUCCGCUGCUUGUCUACCAUAUGCUGCAUGCACGGUCUGGUCAGAACUUUUUACAACUAGUGAACUGUCUCCUUUCACCUUUUGGUUACCUAAAGAUGGAGACAUAUUUAGGCCGAGGCUAUCUGCUAGUGAAACACUUUUGGUUCAUGAUGACUCUAAUGGAAUUGCUAGUUUUGCAAUUCAAUUAGCUAAAUGUGAAGGAGUAACCACGUUUGUGACAUCAAGUGAAGACCGCAGAAAACAUUAUGGCGAUCUUGGAGUUUAUAAGUGGGUUGAUUACAAUGACUUUGUAGCACAAGAGGGCAAAGCUUUAGGUCAAGGUGUUGAUGUGAUUUUGAAUGUUCUUGGGCCUGGACAUUUUCAACGAAAUUUAUCUUGCUUGAAUAAAGGUGGGAGGCUUAUUUCCAUUGGUGACUUUUGCACAAAUAACAUGGAUUCUUUUGGAAGACUUCCAAAACUGGCGGAUGAUAGCCUAUCGCGCAAACUCAUUGGAGUUGUGAAUGCAGCGGCUGCCUUCCGACACAGGAGUAGAGUAUCGAAGGAGUUGAUCGUUAAGGAGGUGCAAGACAAUGUGUGGCCUCAUAUUGAAAAAGGCAUGUUGAAACCUUCAUUCCACUCCAAAAUUUUCACAUUCUCUGAAGUAAAGGAGGCUCAUCAGCUUAUGGAAAGUGGCCAGCAUUUUGGAAAAAUACUGCUAGUUCCUGAUGAUGCUUAAAGGUUGCCAGAAAGCAAGACGAGAUCAAUAGGACAUCAAGUUAUGUAUUCGUAUGUGCCCUAAAAGUCAUGGACUUAGACUAUGAUCCUCCAGAAGCCU